AACUAAUCAUUCGGCAUCACUAACAACUCGGCGUGAUUCAAAAUGGCAGGCAAACUGUCCGUACUAAUCAUAAUUGUUACUCCGUCUGAGUGUGUCCUAGAAGCGAGGAACUUUCAAAGUGGAAAAAUAGGAAAAGAUCCAGGACGGAAAAGGGCCAGUGCUGUUCAGCUAGCGAACAAACACAGAGAGGCCAGAGCGCAGGAAACACGAAUGGCAAACCAUGCAACGCAACUGUAAUAAUACUAUUAACGCAUUAAUGCCUAAACAAAUGUUUGAGUUUCGAUAUUGUAUGCUAAGGUAAUAAUUUAAAUGCCCCCCAAUUUCUGCAAAGCGCUGUAUGAUCCUUUAUCCUGGUGAACCCGGGUAACAGGAGCGCAUCCUGAAAGGUUGCGCGAGGAGGGUGAUCGAAACAUGAAAAUCAAAAUUGACAAAAGUGUUGCUCACGGCACAGGUGGUGAAUUCGAACAACAAUGAUAUGCAAGGGCGCAGCUCUAAAGCCCUACUGUGGGUGUAGAUGACGAUGAACCUGUAAAACCUACUCACACGCGCGGAAACACGCAAUGUAAUCUUACAGCAAAUGGAAGAAUGAAUAAAACUAAAAAUACCAUCCCUACGCAUGACUCUACGGUGCGGUCUGAGGGGAGAUGUUGUACGUUCCCUGAUUAACACACACGUGAUAACGUCCGUGUAACAGUCUCCAUUAGCACGUGCGCGCGGUUUGGAGUCUAUUUUUAUCGUAAAAAAUCGAAUUCUUGGGGACAGGGGCGAAUAACGAGAAUCAUUAUCUGGCACGAGCAAUAAAGUCUUUAUCGGAAUGGAUUAUCAAUUCGCGUUCGAACCGUACCCACUCAUUGGCUGGCAGUCACACGCACCAGCCGAUUGAUACCACCCCAAUCCUGUUCAAACCUGUCGCUACUGGCGAAAUCUGGUGACAGUGCGUGCUAAUGGUUGUUACGGUAGUUGGUUAUCACGAUCGAAAAUAAAAAUCAAAAAACUCGCAAUCCUUUGCUAAAUCCUCACGGUCACUCGAUAUAACACCGCAGGUUGCUACUCUGGUGGCCCACCCCACUGCUUAUCAGUGGACAAACGGUUGUAUUAUACGAUACACCGGUGGCGAACCUUUGAUGAUCGGCUAGCUGAUCGCGCUCGUGCUGGGUGCAAUUUUCACUUCUCUGGUCACAGCAUUUGGCAACGGGUUUCUUUACUGUUUUUUUGACUGCAACUCUGUACGCUAAGUAGAUGGCUCAGGUGGUGCUUCCUCG